AUGGCAACUUUGGAAACUGAAGCAUUAAAUCAUCAUCAUAAUUCUAGUCCUGAUCGUCACAAAACUAUUGAAGAAAAAUCAGAGAGGGACAAAAGAAUUGAAGAAUGGCUUCCAAUUACUUCAAAAAGAAAUGCCAAAUGGUGGUACUCAGCCUUCCACAAUGUCACUGCAAUGGUUGGAGCUGGUGUUCUUGGUCUCCCUCAUGCCAUGUCACAACUUGGAUGGGGUCCUGGUGUAACCAUACUUGUCCUCUCAUGGAUCAUCACAUUAUACACAUUAUGGCAGAUGGUUGAGAUGCAUGAAAUGGUUUCAGGAAAACGUUUUGACAGAUACCAUGAAUUAGGUCAACAUGCCUUUGGCAAAAAACUAGGUCUUUAUAUUGUGGUGCCUCAACAACUUGUGGUUGAAGUUGCGGUAAACAUUGUUUACAUGGUCACUGGAGGAACAUCCUUGAAAAAAUUCCAUGAUACUGUGUGUCCAAGUUGCAAAAAUAUAAAAUUGACCUAUUUCAUUAUGAUAUUUGCCUCUGUUCACUUUGUGCUCUCUCAUCUCCCUGAUUUCAACUCAAUUUCUGGUGUAUCAUUGGCUGCCGCCGUCAUGUCUUUCAGUUACUCUACAAUUUCUUGGGCUGCAAGUAUAGAUAAAGGAGUUCAAAAAAAUGUACAAUAUGGAUACAAGUCACAUAGUACAGCAGGAACAAUCUUUGAUUUCUUUAGUGCUCUUGGAUCUGUUGCAUUUGCUUAUGCUGGACACAAUGUGGUGUUGGAAAUCCAAGCAACAAUUCCAUCCACACCUGAAAAACCAUCCAAGGUUCCAAUGUGGAGAGGAGUUGUUGUUGCCUACAUUGUUGUGGCUUUAUGUUACUUUCCAGUUGCUUUUAUUGGUUACUGGAUAUUUGGAAAUGAGGUUGAUGGUGACAUUCUCAUCUCUUUAGAGAAACCGGCAUGGCUUAUUGCAAUGGCUAAUAUGUUUGUUGUUAUUCAUGUGAUUGGAAGCUAUCAGAUUUAUGCUAUGCCGGUGUUUGAUAUGAUUGAAACUUUACUGGUGAAGAAAAUGAAAUUCGAACCAACUACAACGCUUCGAUUUAUCGUGCGUAAUAUAUAUGUUGCACUCACGAUGUUUAUUGCAAUUACAUUUCCUUUUUUCGACGGCCUUCUAGGAUUUUUCGGAGGAUUUGCAUUUGCGCCAACAACAUAUUUUCUUCCUUGUAUCAUGUGGCUCAAAAUCUACAAACCAAGGAAAUUUGGCUUGUCAUGGUGGACUAAUUGGAUAUGCAUUGUGCUUGGUUUAUGUUUAAUGAUUUUAUCACCUAUUGGUGGAUUGAGGACAAUCAUAGUUCAAGCCAAGACCUAUAAAUUUUACUCAUAA